CAGCUGUUGCUGCUGUAGACCACAUGACAUCCCCAUCGUCCACGUGCUGUUUGCCAGAGAGACCUUCCAGGCUGAUGAAACCUUCAUGCAAAAGCUGAAGCUGCAGAUAGAUCAAAACUGCAGUGCAGAGAGCAGCGACGUCAUCCUGCUCUUCUGUCCUGUUGUUUCUCGGAUUGGGACAGACAUGGAGGCAGCAAUGGCCAGAGUUACAGAAGACAAACCUGUCAUCCUGGUGUUCAUGCACCAUUGUCAUAACCCCAGUCACAUGACCAACAUCACAGUGCAACCAUCCAGGAGAAACAUAGAGCAAGUCGUCCACUGCGCCUUCCAUGAAACUAAAGGGCUGCUGGAAUGUCAGGAAAAUGAGCAGGCGGUCAAAGCAGUGAGAUCAACACUGCUGAGGUGUGUUGAUUCACAAGAUGCGGUCCCACAGUUGACUAAAUCCCAAUCAGAAGAGAAGCAGCCGCUGUUGGCUUUCCAAGAUUCUUAUGGGCCAAACAUCACUAAUAACAGCAAGCUUUCUGGGAAUGGCACAGAUCCUGCAAGUAAGGAGAGUGAAUCUGAGCAGAGGACGAUUGUAUCAGCAAUGGAACAUUCCACUGGCCCUUCUGAAGGUAAAGGGUGUCUUGGGGCCUCAUUGAACUCUACAUGCAGACAGACACUGGACACUCCAGCCUGUGGACAAGUGGCCAUGAGCACAGUGUGUACAAAAAUAGAUAUUCCAAGUAGCGUGGAUCUGCGCAUUGAUGUGACAGGUGAUUAA